UUGCCUUGUCAAUUAAAAACAACAAAAUUACAUUACAUAAGAGAUUUUAUGCUGUUAUGGUUGUCUCAAUGCAACAAGAGGCAAAGAAAUGCUGAAAAGGAAACAAACUUUUAAAGUAUACGAGGAGACACCUUUCCUUUUGCUGUUUGACCUUGGUUUUCAUCAUUUUCGUCAUUUCGCCUCUGAUGGAAGAAAGGGACACUGAAACACGGUGUUGCUAUGGUGAUGUCAAUCAGAAUGGCUCCUCCUCUUCCUCUGAUCUUUCUGCUUAUGAUUCACAGGGUUUCUAGUGCUGAUUGGGGUGUCACUUACAACCCUUCACAGAUCUGUGCACUAAAGGACUCAUCCGUGAUAAUGAGCUGCACUUACACAUACCCUACUGGAUAUCAGAUCAUGAAAAUGUUCUGGACCGAAGACUCUGUAAAGUAUGUAAAUCCUCCAGAUCUGUCUGAGGACCCUGAAUACAGUCAGAGGCUUCAGUAUCUGGGAGAUAAACAGCAGAACUGCACCAUCAGCCUUAGUAAUGUGACACACCGGGAUUCACGCAAGUAUUAUUUCAGAUUCAUCACUGAUAAAGAAAAUGGCAAAUGGACUGGUAAACAAGGAGUGAGUCUUACUGUCACAGAUCUUCAGGUGGAGUCUCCUGAGAGAGUGACAGAGGGAGAUUCAGUCCGUCUGACAUGUAAAAGCAGCUGCACUCUGACUGACAGAGCAACAUUCAUCUGGUACAGAAACUCACAGCCAUUAACUGAGAGAAGAGACAGAAACAAUGAACUCCUGCUGCAGUCAGUCAGAAGAGAGGAUGCAGGCAGAUAUAGCUGUGCUCUACAUGGACACACUUACAUCUCUCCUGCUGUUUAUCUCAAUGUCAUGUAUUCUCCAAAGAUGACAUUUGUAGCGGUGAGUCCAUGCUGUAACAUAGUGGAGGGAGAUUCAGUGACUCUGAUCUGCAGCAGUGAUUCAAACCCACCUGCAGAAAUCAACUGGUUUAAAGAAAGAACGUUUGUAGGAUCUGGAAGAAUCUACAGCAUCUCAAAGAUCAGCUCUAAUCACAGUGGAGAAUACAAGUGCAAGUCCAUCAAUAAACAUGGAGAGAAAGAAUCUGAUGCUGUGACUUUAAACAUCAUGUACCCACCCAGGAACAUCUCAGUGUCCAUCAGUUCAUCUGGUGAAAUAGUGGAGGGAGAUUCAGUGACUCUGAGCUGCAGCAGUGAUUCAAACCCACCUGCAGAAAUCAGCUGGUUUAAAGCAGGAACAUUUGUAGGAUCUGGAAGAAUCUACAGCAUCUCAAAGAUCAGCUCUGAUCACAGUGGAGAAUACAAGUGCAAGUCCAACAAUAAACAUGGAGAGAAAUACUCUGAUGCUGUGACUUUAAAUGUCAUGUGGGUUUCUAGUGCUAAUUGGAGCGUGACUUACAGCCCGUCACACUUCUGUGCAAUAAAGGACUCAUCAGUUAUAAUGAGCUGCACUUAUACAUACCCUACUGGACAUCAGAUCAAUAAAGUGUUCUGGAGUAAAAGACAUAUUAAAAAUGAUGAAGAGUUUCCAGAUCUGUCUGAUGACCCUAAAUACAGUCAGAGGCUUCAGUAUCUGGGAGAUAAACAGCAGAACUGCACCGUCAGACUGAGUAAUGUGACACUGAAGGAUGAACACAAGUACUAUUUCAUAUUCAUCACUGAUAAACAUAGUGGAAAAUGGAUCGGUCAUCCAGGAGUGAGUCUUACUGUCACAGAUCUUCAGGUGGAGUCUCCUGAGAGAGUGACAGAGGGAGAUUCAGUCCGUCUGACAUGUAAAAGCAGCUGCACUCUGACUGACAGAGCAACAUUCAUCUGGUACAGAAACUCACAGCCAUUAACUGAGAGAAGAGACAGAAACAAUGAACUCCUGCUGCAGUCAGUCAGAAGAGAGGAUGCAGGCAGAUAUAGCUGUGCUCUACAUGGACACACUUACAUCUCUCCUGCUGUUCAUCUCAAUGUCAUGUAUUCUCCAAAGAAGACAUUUGUAGCGGUGAGUCCAUGUUGUAACAUAGUGGAGGGAGAUUCAGUGACUCUGAUCUGCAGCAGUGAUUCAAACCCACCUGCAGAAAUCAGCUGGUUUAAAGGAGGAACAUUUGUUGGAUCUGGAAGAAUCUACAACAUCUCAAAGAUCAGCUCUGAUCACAGUGGAGAAUACAAGUGCAAGUCCAUCAAUAAACAUGGAGAGAAAUACUCUGAUGCUGUGACUUUAAACGUAAUGUACCCACCCAGAAACAUCUCAGUGUCCAUCAGUCCAUCUGGUGAAAUAGUAGAGGGAGAUUCAGUGACUCUGAUCUGCAGCAGUGAUUCAAACCCACCUGCAGAAAUCAGCUGGUUUAAAGGAGGAACAUUUGUAGGAUCUGGAAGAAUCUACAACAUCUCAAAGAUCAGCUCUGAACACAGUGGAGAAUACAGGUGCAAGUCCAUCAACAACCAUGGAGAGAAAUACUCUGAUACUGUGACUUUAAAUGUCAUGUACCCACCCAUGAGUGUUUCAGUGUCCAUCAGUCCAUCUAGUAAAAUAAAGGAGGGAGAUUCAGUGACUCUGAUCUGCAGCAGUGAUUCAAACCCACCUGCAGAAAUCAAUUGGUUUAAAGGAGGAACAUUUGUAGGAUCUGGAAGAAUCUACAACAUCUCAAAGAUCAGCUCUGAUCACAGUGGAGAAUUCAAGUGCAGAUCCAGAAAUGAACAUGGAGAGAAAUACUCUGAUGCUGUGACUUUAAAUGUCAUGUACCCACCCAGGAACAUCUCAGUGUCCAUCAGUUUAUCUGGUGAAAUAGUGGAGGGAGAUUCAGUGACUCUGAGCUGCAGCAGUGAUUCAAACCCACCUGCAGAAAUCAGCUGGUUUAAAGGAAGAACGAUUGUAGGAUCUGGAAGAAUCUACAGCAUCUCAAAGAUCAGCUCUGAUCACAGUGGAGAAUACAAGUGCAAGUCCAUCAAUAAACAUGGAGAGAAAUACUCUGAUGCUGUGACUUUAAAUGUCAUGUACCCACCUAAGAGUGUUUCAGUGUCCAUCAGUCCAUCUAGUAAAAUAGUGGAGGGAGAUUCAGUGACUCUGAUCUGCAGCAGUGAUUCAAACCCACCUGCAGAAAUCAGCUGGUUUAAAGGAGAAAUGUUUGUAGGAUCUGGAGGAAUCUACAACAUCUCAAAGAUCAGCUCUGGUCACAGUGGAGAAUACAAGUGCAAAUCCAGAAAUGAACAUGGAGAGAAAUACUCUGAUGCUGUGACUUUAAAUAUCAUGUAUCCUCCCAGGAACAUCUCAGUGUACAUAAAUGGAUCUGGUGAAAUAAAGGAGGGAGAUUCAGUGACUCUGAUCUGCAGCAGUGAUUCAAACCCACCUGCAGAAAUCAGAUGGUUUAAAGGAGGAAUGAUUGUAGGAUCUGGAAAAAUCUACAGCAUCUCAAAGAUCAGCUCUGAUCACAGUGGAGAAUACAAGUGCAAGUCCAGAAAUAAACAUGGAGAGAAAUACUCUGAUGCUGUGACUUUAAACGUCAUGUACCCACCAAAAAACAUCUCCGUGUCCAUCAGUUCAUCUGGUGAAAUAGUGGAGGGAGAUUCAGUGACUCUGAGCUGCAGCAGUGAUUCAAACCCACCUGCAGAAAUCAGCUGGUUUAAAGGAAGAACAUUUGUAGGAUCUGGAAGAAUCUACAGCAUCUCAAAGAUCAGCUCUGAUCACAGUGGGCAAUAUAAAUAUGCUACAAGAAAUGUAGUGGUCUCCAUCAGUCUAUCUGGUGAAAUAGUGGAAGGAGAUUCAGUGACUCUGAUCUGCAGCAGUGAUUCAAACCCUCCUGCAGAAAUCAGCUGGUUUAAAGGAGAAAUGUUUGUAGGAUCUGGAAGAAUCUACAGCAUCUCAAAGAUCAGCUCUAAUCACAGUGGAGAAUACAAGUGCAAGUCCAGAAAUGAACAUGGAGAGAAAUACUCUGAUGCUGUGACUUUAAAUGUCAUGUACCCACCCAGGAACAUCUCAGUGUCCAUCAGUCCAUCUGGUGAAACAGUGGAGGGAGAUUCAGUGACUCUGAUCUGCAGCAGUGAUUCAAAUCCACCUGCAGAAAUCAGCUGGUUUAAAGAAGAAAUGUUUGUAGGAUCUGGAAGAAUCUACAGCAUCUCAAAGAUCAGCUCUGAUCACAGUGGAGAAUACAAGUGCAAGUCCAGAAAUGAACAUGGAGAGAAAUACUCUGAUACUGUGACUUUAAACGUCAUGUACCCACCAAGAAACAUCUCCGUGUCCAUCAGUUCAUCUGGUGAAACAGUGGAGGGAGAUUCAGUGUUUCUGAUCUGCAGCAGUGAUUCAAACCCACCUGCAGAAAUCAACUGGUUUAGAGGAGGAACAUUUGUAGGAUCUGGAAGAAUCUACAGCAUCUCAAAGAUCAGCUCUGAUCACAGUGGAAAAUACAAGUGCAAGUCCAUCAAUAAACAUGGAAAGAAAUACUCUGAUACUAUAACUUUAAAUGUCACCUACCCACCAAAGAGCAUCUUAGUGUCCAUCAGUCCAUCUGGUGAAAUAGUGGAGGGAGAUUCAGUGACUCUGAUCUGCAGCAGUGAUUCAAACCCACCUGCUCUGAACUACACCUGGUUUAAAGGAGAAAUGUGUGUAGGAUCUGGAAGAAUUCACAGCAUCUCAAAGAUCAGCUCUGAUCACAGUGGAGAAUACAAGUGCAAGUCCAGAAAUCAACAUGGAGUGAAAUACUCUGAUGCUGUGACUUUAAAUGUCAUGUAUCCACCCAGGAACAUCUCAGUGUCCCUCAAUUCAUCUGGUGAAAUAGUGGAGGAAGAGUCAGUGACUCUGAUCUGCAGCAGUGAUUCAAACCCACCUGCAGAAAUCAGCUGGUUUAAAGGAGGAACAUUUGUGAGAUCUGGAAAAAUCUACAGGAUCUCAAAGAUCAGCUCUGAUCACAGUGGAGAAUACAAGUGCAAGUCUAUCAGUGAACAUGGAGAGAAAUACUCUGAUGCUGUGAUGCUGAAUAUAAUGUAUGCUACAAGAAAUGUAGUGGUGUCCGUCAGUCCAUCUGAAAUAAUGGAGGGAUUUUCAGUGACUCUGAUCUGUAGCAGUGAUGCAAACCCACCUGCAGAAAUCAGCUGGUUAAAAGCAGAAACUUUUGUAGGAUCUGGAAGAAUCUACAGCAUCUCAAAGAUCAGCUCUGAUCACAGUGGAGAAUACAAGUGCAAAUCCAGAAAUGAACAUGGAGAGAAAUACUCUGAUGCUGUGACUUUAAAUGUCAUGUACCCACCCAGGAGCAUCUCAGUGUCCAUCAAUCCAUCUGGUGAAAUAGUGGAGGGAGAUUCAGUGACUCUGAACUGCAGCAGUGAUUCAAACCCACCUGCUCUGAACUACACUUGGUUUAAAGGAGGAACAAUUGUAGGAUCUGGAAAAAUCUACAGCAUCUCAAAGAUCAGCUCUGAUCACAGUGGAGAAUACAAGUGCAAGUCCAUCAAUAAACAUGGACAGAAAGACUCUAAUGCAGUGACUUUAAACCCCAUGUACCCACCCAGGAACAUCUCAGUGUCCAUCAGUCCAUCUGGUGAAAUAGUGGAGGGAGAUUCAGUGACUCUGAUCUGCAGCAGUGAUUCAAACCCACCUGCAGAAAUCAGCUGGUUUAAAGGAGGAAUGAUUGUAGGAUCUGGAAGAAUCUACAGCAUCUCAAAGAUCAACUCUGAUCACAGUGGAGAAUACAAGUGCAAGUUCAUUAAUGGACAUGGAGAGAAAUACUCUGAUGCUAUGACUUUAAAUAUCAUGUACCCACCAAAGAGCAUCUCAGUGUCCAUCAGUCCAUCUGGUGAAAUAGUGGAGGGAGAUUCAGUGACUCUGAUCUGCAGCAGUGAUUCAAACCCACCUGCUCUGAACUACACCUGGUUUAAAGGAGAAAUGUUUGUAGGAUCUGGAAGAAUCUACAGCAUCUCAAAGAUCAGCUCUGAUCACAGUGGAGAAUACAAGUGCAAGUCCAUCAAUGAACAGGGAGAGAAAGAAUCUGAUGUUGUGACUUUAAACACCAUGUAUGCACCAAAGAGUGUCUCAGUGUCCAUCAGUCCAUCUGGUGAAAUAGUAGAGGGAGAUUCAGUGACUCUGAACUGCAGCAGUGAUUCAAACCCACCUGCAGAAAUCAGCUGGUUUAAAGGAGGAACGUUUGUAGGAUCUGGAAGAAUCUACAGCAUCUCAAAGAUCAGCUCUGAUCACAGUGGAAAAUACAAGUGCAAGUCCAUCAAUAAACAUGGAAAGAAAUACUCUGAUACUAUAACUUUAAAUGUCACCUACCCACCAAAGAGCAUCUUAGUGUCCAUCAGUCCAUCUGGUGAAAUAGUGGAGGGAGAUUCAGUGACUCUGAUCUGCAGCAGUGAUUCAAACCCACCUGCUCUGAACUACACCUGGUUUAAAGGAGAAACGUGUGUAGGAUCUGGAAGAAUUCACAGCAUCUCAAAGAUCAGCUCUGAUCACAGUGGAGAAUACAAGUGCAAGUCCAUCAAUAAACAUGGAGAGAAAUACUCUGAUGCUGUGACUUUAAAUGUCAUGUACCCACCCAGGAACAUCUCAGUGUCCCUCAAUUCAUCUGGUGAAAUAGUGGAGGAAGAGUCAGUGACUCUGAACUGCAGCAGUGAUUCAAACCCACCUGCAGAAAUCAGCUGGUUUAAAGGAGGAACAUUUGUGAGAUCUGGAAAAAUCUACAGCAUCUCAAAGAUCAGCUCUGAUCACAGUGGAGAAUACAAGUGCAAGUCCAUUAAUAAACAUGGAGAGAAAUACUCUGAUGCUGUGACUUUAAAUGUCAUGUGUGAGUUACAGUAAUGAUGGUUUAACUCAAUGUGCCACUUGUGAACAAGCACUGAACACACACUUUGGCCAGAACUUGAAAUAUAUUAUUAUUAUAAACAUGUUUUAUUUUGAUUUGGCUAUACAAUAAUGGAAUUGCAACUGACCCUGCUUUCUGCAUUUCUACUGAUGUGGCUAAGUUUUAUUGAUUACUUGUGUGUGGCCAAAAGACUUGGUGAGCCACAUGAUUUUUGUCAGUGGGCCAGGUGUUGGUCAUGAGCCAUUGGUGUCCAACUGCUG